CAUUUUCAAUAAAAAUGUUAGAGAACUUCUAUGCCUUCAAAAAACUAGGACCUGUCUGGAUAAUGAUUACAAAAAUGGUAAUAACUUGUAAAACAAAUAACUUUAUAGCGUUACACACAAUUUAAGAACAAACAUCAUGUUAUUUUUUUCAUAUCAAACAGAAUUGCUGAUUUCAUUAUUACAUGUUAAGUUUCUUUUUUUUUUAAAUUUAGUUUCUUUCUAUUACCACUGUUGUAUAUAUGCAUGUAGACACAUAGACACAUAGAUAGGUAGAUCCAUAUGUAGAUAUUUUCAUAUGUAUAUACAUAUAUGGGUACAUAUUUAGAGUAUAUAUAAAUGUGUAAAUAAAGUGACAUAUUUUUACACAUAUUGUGCAGUAAUUACGUAUACCUUUUAUUUUAUAAAUUCAAAGGCGUUUCAGAAGACUUCAGUUUAAGGGACCUUUUUAAAUGUCACUCAAUUUUUGCAAUUGGUCUAAGAUAAAGCAACAUAUUCACCUCUUACUUGUUUGUCGACGUGAUCCACCUUUCUAUUGGUAAUAGAUUUAAUAAAGACAUUGGAUUUAGACUUAGGACUUCAUUAGCGUGAUGUGAUCCUUAACUGUGACUGCUACCUAGCGUACUAGUAAAUACGCAAAAACGAUUUUGAUAUUAUGAUAUUGAACGUGUAUUGUUCAAAUAACUAUGUAACCAGUAUUCGAUCGUGUUUGAUCUUAUUCUACUAUUGCAUAUAUUAUAUUAUGGAUAUUAUGCAUUCUAAUAUUGCCUUUGCUGCGAGUUACGAAACGCCCCGAUCCUUUAUUGGGGAUGGUAGGUUGUUGUUCCAAAUCACUCAUUACUUUUUUAACGAGAAGACAAUACGAAUAUGAAUAUGUAACGGACUAUGUUUUCACAAGAAAACAGAGAGGUAGCAUGAGUGAACAGUGAAUUGUGUUGACCAUGUUUUGCCACGAGUAGAGUGGAUUGUAUUUUUGAGUUGCAAAUGUGAGCUCCACGUUUUUGGAGAGUAAAUUAUGUUUUUGUCAAAGCGGUCGUUUCCACGCCUUGCUGGUAAUAAAAGGGACAGUUGAGUUGAUUGAGGAAGUCAGAGAAGAAGAGUCAGAGAAGAGUCAGAGUUGAGUUAGAGUUGAGAUGUAGGACAGUUGAGCUUAGUUAUAGCAGUGUGAGGACUUGUCUUUCUGAGUAAUGGAAUAUUAUAGAUAUAUGUGAAAUGAUUACAUUCAUGCAAGGAUUAUUAUUAAUAUUAUCUGUGUAAACUGUAAUUCAAUAAAGUACUGUAAGUUUAACCAGGAUUCAGUAUUCUUAUUUGCGUGCCUGGAUAAUAAGGGGAAGAACGAAGAAGUCUUAGCCGGCAUCCUGAAUUACUAACUUAAAACAAGUAACUAUGACAUAACCCACAGCAUAAGAAAUAAGUUACAAUGAUAAUGAUGUCAGAGUAUGCGUUACAAUGUACUUAUACAUUUAUUGGUUGUUAAUCAUACCAUGUACCGUCCUUCAAUAAUUAAAAUGCUUGCUCGAUCCAACAUUGUCGCGAAGCAACAUAUGCUUACGCUGACAGUGAUUAGAUGUAUAAAUCAAUCUACAAAUUGGAUGCAUAUGUACAAACUAUGUCACCCUCCAUAUAUCACUCUGAAAUCGUAGCUAGUGGAACAGGACUUAUCAGCUUAUGGCUAUUCCCUUGGAUACUUAUUCAUUAUUUAUAAUUUGCAUUUAGCCUGGUUUCUAUUACUGGACCGACUUACCUUGAAGCUGGAACUAAGGGAUUGAUUUACGUCCUACGCCAAACUACCUUUGGCUACUAGAAGGACUUCGAGAUCCAGGGAUUCUUACUAACAUGAUUUAUCGCUGGAGAGUGAUUUAUUCCAAUCACAGAGAUCCCUUGGAAUCUACGACCACAAAAUCCGACUUCGCUAAGAUCAAAGAUAGAGACAGCUCCAAAGACCAGAACAGAAACACGCUUCUGCAACAGAAGGAAACUCCCACACGUUUAGAUUCACUAAGAUCCUCAGUAAAACUAUAAAGGCUAAGUCCACAAAGAUUGAACAAAGAACCUUGAACAAUAUAGCAUUAUUAUGAUGAUACCGUAUGUAUGUUAGGUACACUAGACUCAAGUGUCGGACACUUGCAUUGCAUUCAUUGAUAUACCUUUCUAAUUGAAUGACAUCCAUUUUGUUGCAUAUAUAUUAAUCACUAAGAGUGUACCACGGAGGAAAUUGUAAAUAACGUUAUUUAAUAAAUAUAUGUAAUUAUUUUCUCAAAAACAAAGACUUCCUUUCAGUCUAUAUGUAUAUAGAUAUGCUAUUAUGUCUGUGUGGUAAUUUGGCUUAAUUAACGAAUCCCUAGACAGAGUGCCAAGAGGAGAUCUCAUAGGAGAGAUACCCCUCACUAAUAUCUCAUAAGUCAGAUUACCACAACAUGAAUAGAUAAUUUGUCCAAACAUCCAGCAUAGUCUACAUAUUAGUUUAGCAAAUUAUUUGGAUGCUGAAUUAACUAUAUUAAUACCAAUAAUUGGCAUGUGAUACCAUUGGUAGGUCUAUGAAUAUCAUUAAAUUAUAAUUUAAACUAUUUAAUUAUUUAGUUUAAAAGUUGUGUUAACACUUUAAAAAACAGUAACAAAACUGAUUGAAACGUUCUUUACGUCUAUUUUUUGCACAUCUAAAAAAUAUUAUGUCAUUAUAUUUUUUUUGUUGAAUCCCUUUAAAUUUGUCUACACAUUAUUAUACUUAGCCUACAUUUGAUGCUCUAAAUGUUGUACCUUUAUAAAUAAAAAAAAAUGUUUCUUCAUCUAAUACAUUUAAUACUUAGUUUUAAAGCACACAUGUAUUUUUUUUGUUAUUUUAUUUUAUUUAAGUAUUUCUAAAGAAUAUCAGCAAUGGCGUGGGAUGUUUAACUUGAUAUGUAAUUGUAUAUUUUGAGUGUUGCUUAGAUGCCCUUUACAUAUUUUUUGUAAACUUUUUAUCUUUACAAAAUAUGUAUCCUUAAAAUUGAGAAUAGAUAAUAUAUACUGUGACUUUAAUUCCAAACAUACAAUUUUCAAACAGAUAUAAAUGUUAAGCAAACCAUGUUAAAAUAAUAAUGAUAAAAUACAUAGUAUGUUUAAAAUUUAAUGUUCUUUAAAAGGAAAUAAAACCAAAUAUUUUCAAUAUAUAAAAUCACAUAAAACCCAUAUUUUCCAAAUCAAUAUGCAAUGCUUACAUUUUGAUUCACCUUGGUUAUGCAACUGGUUUUUUCAAACCAUGUAUUUAGGUUUUAUCCAUAAAAAUUGUUCGGCCUAAUUAUAUAUUGUCAAUAAUAAAAAUUUAAAAAAGUAAAAUCUGAAAGUUUCCUACUGCCCCAUCUUGGUACACAUUUUAAUCACCUAUCGCUUGCUCUUAACGAAAACCACAUCAAAGAAAUACAAAUAAAAAAAUAAUAAUAAUAAAGAAAAAAAACAAUUUAACUGUAAUUUUGAUGGAUACAAAGAUGUAAAAAGAUAUUUCCUUACAUUUAAAAGGAAACAAAUUAAUCAGCUAUACUUUAAUUAUUUUUCUUGGAGCUCUUGCUCUUUUAUUGAUGUUGAUAAUUACUGACUUUGUAUUUUAUAUGGGAUAUCGACCAAAUUCUCCAGGGAAAAGCUUUAGGUCAGGAAAUAACUAUAUGAAAUUUAGUUGGAAUACAUUUUUUGCUUUUAUUUGUUUGAUUUACAGCAUUUAUAUGCAAACAUAGGAAAACCUUUUUAUUUACUGUAGAUUAUUUUGAUUUCUAUUUAAUUUAGAAAAAUAAAUAAAUACAAUUAACCUAAUAAAGAGGCAAAUAAUCAUGGUAUACUUUUCAUUUGGGUUUUAUUUACUAUAGAAAUUAAAUAUUAAUAUUCAGAUAAAUAGCAGAACAAAAAAAUAUGCUGGUCACACUAAAACUCAAAGCAUACAAAUUAAACAAUUAAAGAAUAUAAAUUUUUAUGCAAAUAAAAAGAACAAGCAUAUUAACUUUAAAAAAAAUAUAUAUUAGCUCAUACAUUAUAUUUAUAAAUAUAUAUUUUUAAAAAAUAUUUCUUUCUAACAGAUGGAAGUGACAAUGCCAUUUUUAAUGAUCCUUUUGGUGUUCUUCAUUGCAUAUGCCAUCUCGUCAGAGUCACUUUUGUACCCAGAAACCCAAAUAAGUGGUCCUUUCUUCUUUAACCUUUUCCGUAAAGGAUUUUGGGCAAUGUUUGGAGAAUUUUUGCUUGAAGAACUGGAAGUUAAAGGUAUAUUAUAAUUUAACGAGUUUAAUCUAAUUAUUUUUAAUCCUUGUUUUCUGUGAUUAUCUACCAAAAUAAGAAUUCAUUCACUAUUAGGGUUAAACCUAUACUUUUAUGGCCGUGGAUAUCUUACCACAGUUUAGCCUUGUCAAAAGGGUUUUACAUUACAUUAAAUAAAUAAUCCAUUUAUUAGGAGUGGACCCAAACUUCACGCUCCUGUUGGGAUUGCCUGCAAGCAUAUGUUUUUACCUUUUUGUGGAAAAAGCCACAGAGUAGGCAAUUUGGAUACUUUGGAGAGUUAUGUAUAUGUUGUGUGAUACAGUCAGGCGUAAUCUUUCAGUUGAGCCAUCAACCGAUAUGGUUGCGGUUGAGCUGCAUCUAAAAGAGCAAAGGUAUAUGUUAGCUCAUUUUGCUAUGUGACAAGAGACCCUUUAAAGGAUGAACACGCUACCACAUACAUAUAUGUCGUUUACUUUUUUCAAGAAUGUAACUGACCAUUUUUAAAUUAAAUGAGUUCAUACCCACAUUCAAAAGUAAAUUGCGAGCAGGUUGUGACUACAUCAAUCGGGAAAAUUUUAUUUCUUAAUAGACAAUUAUGCACUAGUUUGAAAUGGAUCAAAUUGAUGUAAUUUCUACAUCGGAAAUAUUCUUUUUUUUUAAACUGAUGAAGUUCUCACUUUCAUCGCAUGAUUUUCUAACUAAAUUAAUCAAAAUUCAUUGUUAUCAUGGCACUAAAUACCCCACGGUAACAAAAUAUUCAGUUUAAAUUUUAUUGGACAGUUUUUAAAACACCAGCAACUUUAAAGUCAACCUGAAACCUGUUAAGACAACUUCAGUUAAAAGCAUAAUAAUGUGCUAUCUAACUACAACUACAAUAAACACAUAUGUUUUUAUUACAAACAAAACAUUAAUUUAAAGUACAUGUUGAUGAAGUACAUGUUGAUCCGUUUAUAGCUUAGCAUUUAAUUGUAAUUUGGUUCAUUAAGGGGAGGUAUGGGUGAAAAAUCUAAAACUUUUGUUUAGCUUUAUAUAGAAUUUUUUUUAAAAACUUUUUUAAGUUGUAUUGUAAUGGAGGUAAAAAACAGGUUGAAACAAAAAUCCAUUGGUUGCCUUUGUAACCCAUAAAAACAUCCCCCAUUUUUAUUUUUAAAAAUUAUUUUAAAUACUAAGGCUUUUACAGAUAUGAAGUUAUUGCUAUCAGAUUUAAACUUAGAUAAUCAAGCCUAUUAUAAAACAAUGUGUAGUGUGUAACGGGAAUUUUUUAUGUAUAAACUAAUUAUAAAUAUACAGGAUCAGAAAUUGUUACCCCAUUUUUUAUACAAAAAAUAGGGGUGUAGUGGAAUUCUUAUUCACAUAUUUUCUUUUCGAAGAUAGUUAUUUUAAUCUAGGUUAUUCAAAUAUUUAUUAUUGGUCAUUAAACAUACUGUUAAAAUUUGGUGAGCUUUCGAUAGAAAAAUGAAAAAUUUAAUAUAUUACCAUAUUUUAAUAGCUAUAAAUAAAGGAGAGCAUAAGUCAAAUGUCACAAUUACUAAAUUAAUUAAUUGUUUAUAAGUUUUAUUUUUACUACAGUUCACUAUCACAUCACUAAACGAACAGUGUUUAUUACUAAUAAUAAAAGUAUGAGUAUAGAGUAUAGGCUUCAUUCAAUGGUAUAUAGUAAGUACAUUAUAGGCUUCGCCUUCUAAAUAAUUGAUACCGUACUUUAAAUUUGAAUCUAGGUGAAAAACAGAUUGUAUGUAUAAUAUUUAGUGUUACGCACUGACUUGUAUCUAGAGAAAUGUAUCUCCUAUUUUAGUUGUAAUUGGCUCGUUGUAAACAGUGCCUAACAAAGGACGAUACCAUUGAGUCACAACUUUAAAGAAAUGACAAACAAAACAUUUUCUAGUUACAAUUAAUUAAGAUUUAUUAAGUCUUAAGAUAAUUACAAAAGAAAAGAAAAUAUAAUGGCAAUUUUCAACUUACAGUAUGGUAGAUCUUGUACUGGUACACAGUUAAUACAGUUAGAAUAAUGUGUCAAUAAAAAUGCGAAAUAAACACGUAUGUGCACACAAAUACACAAAGAAUAAAACACGCCUCGUAAAGUUAAUAAAAUAUAUUAAUAUUUGCCUUCCGGAAAACUUAUGACGUUUCUAGAACAAUCACAUUCAUUCUACAAAAUACUAUUUGGACAGUUUAGUAGCUGGUGGCAUAAACACGAAUAGAUCAAAGGACUAAGCCACACCCCUCUGCGAACACAUCGUCUCAUAAGAGGUCAAUCAUAGGGCACGCACGAGAAAAAUUAUGUAAACAAGCUCUAUAUAACACCUCCCGUCUUAAAAGAAAAAAAAUCAUUCUUCAAAAAUGGAAUUAUUUUCCAUUAAAAAUUUAAGAAAGUACAUUUCUUACUUUCAAAAUAUUAGACAAAAAUUUUCUUAACAGCUUAUAAGCAAUAACAUUAGUGAAAAUUAUUUUCUGGACAAAGUAUCUGCAAUGACAUUAUCUUUGCCUUUAAUAUGUUUCAUGUCCAAAUUAUAUUCUUGUAAAAAUAGGCUCCAUCUUAACAAUCUUUGACCUUUGGAGACAAUCUUAUUCAAAAAUGAUAAAGGAUUGUGAUAAGUAUAAACAAGUACUGAAUGUAAAGAACAACUGACAUAAAAAUCAAAUUGUUGGAGAGCAAGAGCAAGAUUUAAACCUAAACGUUCUUUUUCUACUGUGGAAUAGUUUUUCUGAAUAGAAUUAAAUUUCUUUGAGAAAUAAGAGACAUGAUGAUAUAUACUGUCGUCAUCUUCUUGAAAUAGAACUGCACCAAUGCCAACAUCACUGGCAUCUAAAGCUAAUUUAAAAUGUGUGUUUGAUCUGCAGUAGUCAACCACACCUUUUUUGAUUUUGGGCCAAAAGAAGUGCGACGUGAUUUUGUGAUAUGUCUUCUUUACUCCCAAAUGGCCUGAAAGUGAUGAAUCAUGGGCUAAGUUCAGAAAUUCGUUCCGAAUGGUGAAGUAACUACUAUUUGGUGUACUUUCCUCCAUUCUUCAUCAGCAUUUGCGUCUGGACGUCGCUAUUUUCUCAAAAGUAUGUCAUCUUGAAGGUAAUAACAUAAAGGGAAUUGGUCAGCUUCUUAUUGGUUUAAAGCGUUCUCUCGAAAUGUUACUAUUUCUGGAUCACUCUUCUGUUCUUCAAUAAAUUGCAUUCGAGUUGGAGUCUUGUAAUUACUAGUCUCUUCUUUAAGAUUUGCAAAAAAACAUUUUUCCAGGUAAUUUUCAGGAAGAAUUUUAAUGCUUUUUUGUGAAAUCUCUUUUGUGGAGAUCUUGGAACUCAUGGCCCUUGUCACAGCACAUGCUGGAUACUAUUCUUGAUCUUCUUCCUGAUUUUCAGUUAAACAAGGUUCAUGAGUAACGAUGGGUUCGGCUAUUACCUUCCCACCUGCUAAGUCAUUGCCUAGCAGCAAUUAGAUGCCAUCCAAUGAUAAUGUUGGUCGGACACCCACAACCACAGGUCCGGAGACUAGGUCUGAUUUUAGGUUGAUGAGAUGUAAAGGUACAUCUAUGCAUAUCAGCUCUACACAUCGUAACAGGAUGUUGCUCCCAGUAGCAGUAGAUUCAAACAAGGGAAGUAUACCCUCAAGUAGCAAGGAAUGUGAACCACCUGUAUCUCGUAAGAUUUUGAUUGGUCGUAGACUGGACAAAUCACCUGACAGUGAUACAAAUUCCUUCCGAUAUGAAAGGCAUGAAGUCUUGUAUGACAUCAGUAGUUUCUGGUGUAGAAUUUGGACAUUGGUUGGUAAACUCUUGUUGGAGUCUUGAGAACAUUCGGCUAGGGUAGAGGAAGUAAAACUCUGUGUAGAGUCAUCAAAACUUUCACACAAGUCCUCAGUAAGACGCCCUCUGGAGGUAGACCUCGUCUUGGAGCAAAAGAAUCUUGGCGAAAAGCUCAUAAAACUCGCAGUCGAAGCAGGAACUUGACUGGAGUCAAUAAAACUAACCUUAUUGUUCAUUUUGAAAUUCUUUGAUGAGUCAUGACAAACCUCUUUGAAGUUUGUAUGGACAUCUGGAGAGCAAAGCUUUUGAAUUUUGAAAAUGUAUUUCCAGAUGUAUGACGAGACGUACAAGCGGAGACUUUGUGUUGUGUACCAGGAUGUGUGGUCUUCUCAGUUUUAUUCUUGAGUUUCCAGCAAUCAUCCCUCGUAUGUCCUUCUUUUUUACAAAAGGCAAAUGUGUCUUUUGCACUUUUUUCUUUUGUACCAGGCUUGUAAACUUUUUGUUGAGGUUUACUGUAAGUUGGAGCUGUUGUCUUAUUAUGCCUGUUAUUUUUGGUGUCAGAUGCUGCCAUAUGUGCGUCACCUUCACCACGGUAUGCAAUAUGUAUUCGCACCUCAGUAAGAACACAAUUCUUGAACUCUUCCAUCAGAAUUAGUUUCUUGAACUUUUUGAAGUCUGUGUCAGUGUUGGUUGCGUGGAGCCACUUGUCCAGGAGUCGUUCCUUUUCCCGGAGGAACUCAACAUGAGUCUGGCCAUCACGUUUCCACAGUUCCCUAAAUUUUUUACGGUAUGCUUCGGGGACACAUUCAAAAGCCUUAAGCAUUAAGGAGUUUACUAGGUUAUAGUCCCCGCUAUGUUCCGCAUUUAACGAAAUUUGUUUCGGCUUCCUUCCGGCCAAGGCUGGUUGAAGUAAGGUAGACCACAUAGUUUCAGGAAUUUUAAAAUUUUGAGCAGUUAUCUCAAAAUGCGAAAAAUAUUAGUGAACCUCUUUUUCUGAAAAUUGUGUGAUUACUUUUGCAAAUUUAAUUGCAUCGCAACCCUGACAGGCUGGAGGCGUGAGGCUAUUUUCCAUUGCUACCAAAUUGGCUGUUAUUUCCAUUUCUUUUAAUUUGAUUUGUUGCUCUGUUUAAGCUCACAUUCUUUAUCUCUCUGGGCAUUUUAAUCCCUUUGUUUAAGCUCUCGUUCGUUAUCUAGAUCCAGCUACUUGAGCUUCAGUUGGAGCUCCGUACUAACAUCAUGCGGUUGUGUGACUGAGGCCAGUUUGUCUUCAGACAACACCUCCUCAUCCACUAAGUGGACGAUGAUCAUAUCUCGUAUGGUCUUUUUUUACUGCCGAAUGAGCUACAUUUAUUCCUAGAGCUUUAGCAAUGGAAAAUAGCUCCUUCCUAGAACAAUUGUGUAAUGCCUCUACUGAUGGGUUUUCAACAUCAAAAUCCAUUUUGACACAGACAAAAUAUAGCAUUAAUUUUUAAAAAAAAAUUAAGUUUAGUGCACACACUAAUAAAAUUGAAUUUAAAGAAAAAUUGAAACCAGAUCUAUUGUUGGAAUUGUAAAAUGGUAUCGUGUUAUCAAAUUUAGCUUGAGUAUAUUAAAGUAAACAGUGGGUCAAAAUCAACAGAAAAACACUCAACUUGUUAUUGGUGUAAUAAAAUUUAUGGAUUGAAAUUAUUCUCGGAAAGGCACACAAUUUGUUAAAACUGGUGACUAAAUGAUAAUAAAAUAUAAAUUCGAUUAUCCCCGGAACAGAACACAAUUUGUUACGCACUGACUUGUAUCUAGAGAAAUGUAUCUCCUAUUUUAGUUGUAAUUGGCUCGUUGUAAACAGUGCCUAACAAAGGACGAUACCAUUGAGUCACAACUUUAAAGAAAUGACAAACAAAACAUUUUCUAGUUACAAUUAAUUAAGAUUUAUUAAGUCUUAAGAUAAUUACAAAAGAAAAGAAAAUAUAAUUACAAUCUUCAAGUUACAAUAUGGUAGAUCUUGUACCGGUACACAGUUAAUACAGUUAGAAUAAUGUGCCAAUAAAAAAUGCGAAAUAAACACAUAUGAGCACACAAAUACACACAGAAUAAAACACGCCUCGUAAAGUUAAUAAAAUCUAUCUGAAUCUCCGUCCCUCCGUUCGUGCCUGUCAAUCCCUUUUAUAGGUCGCGUAAGCCCUGCCUUCCAGAAAACUUAUGACGUUUCUAGAACAAUCACAUUCAUUCUACCAAAUAUUAUUUGGAACAGAUUAAUUAUUUUUAGUAGCUGGUGGCAUAAACACGACUAGAUCAAAGGACUAAGCAACACCCCUCUGCGAACACAUUGUCUUAUACGGGGUCAAUCAUAGGGCACGCACGAGAAAAAUUAUGUAAACAAGUUCUAUAUAACACUUACCAAUGCAUGGCAUGUGUCUAUGUUUUUCCUGCUAGUGAAGUAGUGUAGCGAUGCUUGAACUUGCAGGGACUAGCACUAGCAGUAGACUUAGUUCUAGUAGUUAGUGUAAUCAGUCGUAGUCCUCUCCGAAAAGGGGAAGCAUUAACCGUGUUUGUAACGGCAAUUCAUCAAAUCAAACUCUUUUUGUUUGGUUAUUUACUUAUUUACUAGUUUUUUAAAACUCCUCGCAUGUCUUUAUUACCGACAAAUAACAUAUCGAAAUUGCUGGGCCUCACGAAUUUAAGAAUGGUUUGUUUUUACCGGAAGUGAUCGUUACGAACAUAUUUCCUACACAGGAAACAAUCAAAAUGCUCAUUUUAUUCAAAAGUCAGGGCUAGAUCAAGUGAUACACGAAGUAGGACAGUAAAAUACACAAUUUUUCCGGCUAUCGAAAGGUUCGGUUGCUUUUGUAAUUUUCUUUGUGACAGUUAUCUGUAUUUAUCUGGCCCCAAAAUCACCAUCUUUCCAAUCAUACCAAAUGCAUAGGCAUUGGGCGAUUCCAAAUACUCAUAACAUAGGGAUAAAGAAACUGAAAAUAGUUGACCCAAAUUCUUAUUUUUUCUUAUAUGCGCUUUGUAAAAAAUAAUUUUCUAUGCGCUCCUUUACCAUUUUUCAGAAUGCAAUAAAAAUUUAGUAAGAUGUUGUUCUAUCGCCCACAAAAAUUCUUAAAUUGCUACAACCGUUUUAAAAUAUUCAGUGUUGAGCCAGGGGACAUAUGUUUGUUUCUUACAAAAAAAGCUAUAUAAAUAUAAUUUCAAACAGCAUGCGCUCCUACAUCAUUCAAGCGCUUGCGAUAAAACUGAGGUGAGUUGUUGUCCAUAAACCAGAACAUUUUUUAAGCCAUUAUAACUCUACUAAAAUAUUCCGUUUUUUUUGGCAAUCGCCCCAAAUUCGUGUUUUUUUCCAUACAUUAGGAGCUUUAUAAAAAAUAAUUUCCGUAUGCGCUCCUCUACGUCAUUACAAUGCGAUAAACUUUUAGUGAGAUGUUGUGCGGGCGGGCGGGUUUCUUAAAUGAUUACAACCAUUUUAAAAUACUCCGUUUUUAGCCAGGGGUCCUAUGUUCGUUUUUUUCUAUAUAAGCUAUACAACUAUAAUUUUAAGCUAUACAACUAUAAUUUCAAACAGAGCUAAAGCAUGAAUGGAUAACUUUUUAAUCAAAUACAAAUAGUGAUAUUAAAUUGAGUGUGUUACAUAUUAAGUAGGUUUCUGAAGUAAUACAACAAUUCUACAAUAUUCCAUUUGUGGAGGGGGGUCCUAAAUUCGUUUUCCACACUUCUAUUAUCUAAUAUAAUUAUAGUAUGCAUUUCUAUACCAUUCAUUCGAUUGUGAUCAACUGGGUCAAGUGAAAUGCGCACUACCGAAAAUGUUUCUAAAUUAGAAAAAAACAUUUUACAAUAUUCCGUUUUGCCCAGUGACCCUAAUUUUAUAUUUUCUUCAAAGAGCUUUGUAACUAUAAUUUCAAAUAGAGCUAUUGCAUGUGUGGAAGUAGCUGAAUCCGCUGGAAAUUAUUUUCAAAUUUAGUACAUCCAUUGUACAAUAUUCCAAUUAGGCCUGGGGACCCUAAAUUCAAUUUAUUUUCUUAAAUGAGCUUCAUCAAUUAAAUUAAUAACGUAGAUAUCAACACUACCGCCCUUGAACAAAUGACACAUUUGUAGUAAAGCAGAGAAAACACGUUUUUACAUUUUUAGUGUAGAGAGUAUUUUUGUUAUGUGUAUAAAUAAGCUUGAAUUUUGUGACGCAUUUUAGAAUCGGAAAUGACAUCGAAAUCGCGUUUUUUUUUUCAAUUAAGAGUAUUUCUUGAAUAGUGUCUUAUAAUUUCGGAGUUGUUUUGUGUUAUGUAAAUACAUUUUACACCAAUCGAUGGUUUCUCAAGUAAUUAAAUAACACACUUGAAAGCAUAGAUAUUGAACUAUGGUCAUUUUUACCGCUGGAAUUUACGAUUUAUAAAUUAAUGAGAAACUAUACAACUGGAAAUCUCCUGCAAACAAUGAACGUACCUGUUGUGCGAGGUUUUCAUGUAAAAAGAUGGGAGAUCCUAACGUGUAAGAAUUACAUUCACCAUCAAAACCAUUAUCAAUAUUGGUAUCAGGUGACAAUAGCCAAUCGAAACAUUUCUGGGAAAACAUACGCAAAUGCAAUUCAUGUUUCCAAAUGACAUCGUUCGGUGCAACAAAUAUCGUACGCGAGAAUUACAUGCCAACAAUUAAAGUAAAGUGAAAGGCCAAAUUUACCAUCGUGUAGGAUCUCUGAUGCCAAUGCAAAACCCAGAUCACAAAUGUCUUCAAAUGAUUUCAUGGGGAAUACUGAUGAGCAAAUCGAUCAACGUUGUCAUAUCAAUACGGGCACUAAACGAGAAAUCGUCGCUGCAAUGCAAACGUUAUUUUUGCAACACAACGAAUUAAUUCAAAUGUAUAGAGUUGCACUUGAAAAGAUGCCGACUGAUGAAUACAAAGUCAUAGUUCGAGCAGACUAAACACCUGUCGGCCAACAUGAAAGACAAUACAAUGCACCAACAAUUGAUGAAGUGGCGAUCAUUAUAGUUGGCAAAGAAUUAAACUCAAGUGAUAUAAUUCUUCAGCACAGAAGUGUUGAUGUUCAGCGAGUCUCAGAAACUCAUCGCUCAUACGUUUCAUUGCAAUAUCCUAUUUUAUUUUGGCAACGAGAAGAUGGAUAUCAUUUUGACAUCCAAUUGAGAAAUUCGAAUAAGAAAGAUAGUGCCAUGAAAUACUAUGCAUAUCGAUUGAUGAUUCAUGAGUUGGGAAUUACCUCUCGGAAUCGAUCGGCAAACAAACUUUUCGCUCUUGAUUUGCAACGAGAAACGCACUUUGAUAUCGAAGUAUUAGGUACGGUACAUUUUUUCAAAUGAAUCUUCCGAAAUUGGUUCCAUUGAAGUUACUAUUUUAAAUGGAAAAUUUAAACUAGGUGAUGUACUUUUGCCAUUCACCCCAAUGAUUCCAACAGAUAUGCCAUUUGAAUUCAAACGCCUACAGUUUCCGAUGCGACACGCGUCUACAAUGACUGACUACAAAGCACGGUAACAAUCGCUACAAGUUUGCGGACUAAAUUUGGAAAACCCAUGCUUUGCCCAUUGACAGAUGUAUGUGGCCUGCUCUCGAUUCGGAAAAUCUUCUGAUUUAUUCGUGUAUAUACCAGAUGGAAAAACAAGAACAAUUUUGAGUAUUUAAAAGCACUUAAAGAAAAAUAACAUGCAAACACUUUCUUUUCUUUGAGUGGCAUUGCAACGCAUGCCGGGUACUUGCUAGUUUGAAAUAAAAAAACAUUGCCUAGAUUAAAUGGCAUUAUUUUAUUAUAAAAAAUAAUUUUAAAACAGAAAGUUAUUGCUCUUAUUUGAUACUUGGUGAGAACUCUGUUAAAAUUAUAGAUCUUAAAAUAAAUUUAAUCAAUUUAGCUUAAUACGGAGUUUUUAAAAUCUUUAAACUUGUAAGUUUGCAAAAAAAUAAUUAAACAACAAUACUUACAUAUAAACAGGAAGUACUAAUUCGUCUCAUAAUCAGCAAAUGUUCGAAACAUUGCGAUAUUUAUAAACGAAUAAUGUAAACUUCUAAGAAGAAUAUCCUUAACUAUACGGAGCAUCAAAUAUAUCGAGCGUAGCGAUAAUUCAUAGAUUCCACUAAUUGUAAUCCAUUAAUGACACAAGCUAUUAUUAUUUUAAAGUUAUUUAUAAAAUGGAAAUGUGUUGUUUUUGUUAAAUAUAUUUUAUUUUUAUUCCCCCAUGCCCCCCUCCCCCUCCAAUGACAAAAACGCUAAAUGAACCCUGAAUAUAAUCAUAAGCCUAAACAGUAUAAUUUUCGCCAACUAUACACUGAUGGCGUGUUAUCAAAUUUAAUCCUUUAGAUCUCGAAAAUAUAGCUCGUGAAUGUAUUUAAUUUUUUUUUUCCACAAAUACUUUAACAAAAUGAAUAAUAAAAAAAUACAUGAUUUAAAGAAGGCAUAUCUGUACCUUAUAAAAGCCGUUUAACUGUCUCUAAAUCUAAUCUAGCUUUAUUGAUGUCAAAAUAGAAAAUAAAUGCGUGGAAGCAGACUUGUAAAAAUUCCUCAAAACCAUUGUUAACAAAUAAUUUUAAGCUAGGUUCAGAUUUUCGAGGUGGUCCUUUCAGACACAUUAAACUCUGCGAUAAGCCCAACAAGGGAAAUAAAUGCAUUUUGACACAUUACAGAUUGUGAUAAGUCCAGCAAGAAUAGAUUCCUGCAAUUAGACACUGCAGACUGUGAUAAGUCCAACAAGGAUUGAGUCCAGCAUUCAGAAACUUAACAGACUGUGAUAAAUUCAGCAAGGAAAGAUCUUUUCAUUUAGACACAUUACCGACUUCUUUAACCCCAGCAAAGAAAGAGUCCUGAUUUUGUUGGCUUGAUAGUUAGGAGAAUGAAGGCACUAAUAGAUAUAUGCCAUCCUUUUUUGACAAAUUCACAACGUAUAAACCCAGUGUAGUUGUCAUCUUGUUUAACACUUCAAACCACGAAAAUGUAGUGCAUUUGCUAUCUUGUUUUACAUUGUUUUUGGAAAGAUUAUUUUUUUAAUGUUCUAAUUAUUUUGUUUACUAAUUUGUAUUUGGUAUUUCUCGUCCUUUUCGUUUAGUUUUUCUUUUCUUACAUUUUUAAAUCAGAUCAUCGUCCUAAUCUGCCAUCUUUAAAAAAAUGAUAUACCCUAAAAAAACGAAUAAAAGUCAAGUGAUAAAUUUCACAUGAUUUGAGUCAAUUCGCCUUUUUUUCAUUGCAAACACUGGAUUACGCUCCUUUUACACUUUAAACGGAUUUUUCGUUUCCUUUAAAAAAAAACUCUUAGACAUAUUUUUCUAAUAGACUUUAAUUUAGCACAUUCUAUUUGGAACUAUCUGUUAGCAGGUCUUGAUCACACACACAAAUGUGAUUUUGUCGUAUUUUCCAUUGUUGUAAUCAUUUUUUUAUUUAAAUAAUGUAUCCAUGGUUAUGUAAUGAACAAAAAAGUUCAUUAUUUAAUCUUUAAGAUUCUAAUGGUUCAUUUAGAUUUAGAAAAAAAUGAAAGUAAAAGUAAACGCGAAUUUAAUAAAAAGAAGAUGCAUCAAUUCUUCUUCUAAUUAUUCUCAUUAUUGUUAAUAUUCUAAGUUAAAUUAUUUUUUUUAAAAAUCCAAUGGUUUUAUAUUACAUUCAUUUCAGGCAGUGACUGUACAAAAAAUUACUCAAGCUACACAGAUUUUGAAACUCUCAGAUGUCCUACCGAAUACGGAAGAUAUGUGGUACCAAUAUUGCUUGGGAUAUACAUUAUUUUUGUUCAAAUUUUGCUGUUUAAUCUUUUAAUAUCACUGUUCAAGUAAGUAUAUAACUGUAUUUUUAGUUCGCAACAAAUCUCAAAAUUGUAUGCUCAGACUUUCAACCCUUCUCACAGUUACCACUUUAUAAAACGACGCCCUUAUUAGGUGACGUGGAAUUUAUUAAUAAAUGUAACCUACAAAUUAAUGACAAUAUUAGAUAGCAAUCGAAAUAUAUAUGUCCAUAAGGUAAAGACCAAUAUGUUGCGGUGCCCUGUAAUAAGCGUUAUCACAAUGUUGCAUCUAAAUAUGUCAAUAUUUUAAUCCUCUACACAUUCAUCUAUAACAAGAGAAAUUAAGCCAGCCAGCUGCCAACCCGAUUAAAUUUAUGGUGGCAACACGUUUGUGGCAAUUUGUAUGCACACUUCUCUUGUCAAAUAUUUUUUACAUUCCUAUUUCCAAGCAUUGAUUGUCUAAAUUUUAAAUACAAUAAAAAUCUUCAAGUAACUCUAGUAGGUUUUCAAAAAUGGUAACUUAAUACUUUUUAAUAAUUAUGUAAGACAGCCCCUGUUUACCACAGUACAAUGUUCUUCUAACAUCUCUUCAUCGGUUUCACAUUAAAUUGUUCUUAUUGCUCCGGAUUAAAGUAUAUAGCAUUUUUGCUUUUUUUCAGGGGAGGGGGGGGACAUUCACCAAUAUCCAAUCACAUAAAGAGCUUAGAAUAGCCUUCACACUGAUAAUUCACAAAACAAAACGUCACCCUCGUACGCCUCAAUAACUAUCAUAAAAGUAUCAAAUUUAAAUUCAACAUAUGUACACGUAUGAUUUCUAAUUAAAAAUAAAUACAAUUGUAUAAUAGUUUAUAUUCUAAAAUUAAAAUAUGCAACGUCACAGCCUCUCAGCGGUGAAAACAUGACAUAAUAAUAUACUUCAGAUGCUUCUCUCAAUACCAUCUUGCGCAUUACUGAAUUCAUUAAAGUAAUUGAGUAGAAAAGAAUCAUGUGUUUAGAUUUUAUUGCCAUAACUAAAAUUGUUCAUUGAUUUUUAAAAUCUAGACUGAAAAACUAUUUAAUAAUAAAUUAAUGGGUACCUUUUCUAGAUUCAAUAAAUCAAUUGAAAUAUUGCGUUUUUUUUAAAUAUUACACUACACCUUUGCACCCUAAUAUAUAAUAGUGUUUUGUAUAUAUCAGUGUCAUCCUUAAAUAGUUAAGUAAAUUUGGAAAAAAGAAAAAUGCUACAGUUGAAAUUGUAGAUAUGGUUGGCUGAGAGGUUUAAAGUGAUUAAGAAUUUCAGAUGCUAAAAGAAAGAGAAAAUAUUUGUAGAAAUGAAGGUUAAAAUUAAGUAUAUUUAAAUAAUUCUAAUUUGGAGCAAUCUGAUUUGGAAAGAAACACAAACAGAAAGAGAGAGAAAGAGAGAAAGUUGAAAGAAAAACAAUAAAAUAAAGAGAGAGAGAGAGAGAGCGUGAAUGAUAUAUAUAUAUAUAUAUAUGUAUAUAUAUAUAUAUAUAUAUAUAUAUAUAUAUAUAUAUUAUAAACAUUAUCUAUAGAGCAAGAAAAAAGAUAGAGAGAGAAAGAGAGGGAGAGAUAAAAAAAGAGAGAGAAGAAAAAAAAAAAAAAAAAUAAAGAGAGAGAGAGAGAGAGAGAGUAAAAUAUAUAUAUAUAUAUAUAUAUAUAUAUAUAUAUAUAUAUAUAUAUAUAUAUAUAUAUAUUAUAAACGUUAUCUAUAGAGCAAGGAAAAAGAUAGAGAGGGAAAGACAGGGAGGAAAGAUAGAGAGACGGAAAGAUAGGAAGAGAAACAUUGAGAGUGAAGAAAGAUAGAAUGAGAGAAAGUGAGAGGGAGAGACUGAGAUAGAGGGGAGGGAAACAUAGAAACAUGAAAGAGAAAGGUGAUGCAAAAAGUCAUUCUCCACAUUCUUAAACUUAAUUUUUAAUCAUACAUUUAAAGUAGAUUAGUGUUUGGAAUUUUUUUUUAUAUUCUGAUUUAAUGAUAUUUUUUAAAACUUAUUUUUUUUAACGUUUUAUUGUUUCAUGUAAAGUUCCAUCAUCUCCAAAACCGGCUCUAAACGUAACAGCUAUUGGACCUACCAAAAAUUUCAGCAGACUUUUAAGUAUACAAUAAGCUUAUUUCCACUACCACCAAUGACAUUUGUUUAUUUUUUACUGAAGAAAAAUAGUCCAUACUGUAAGUAUUUGUUUACGCCUAUAUUUUCCUUUAAUUAGUUUUAAUGAAGCAGAGUAUCAUAAUUACUAUUUAAAGUAAUCACCACCAAGUUUUUCAGUUGCUUAUUGACAUCUUUUAGAAAACUAAACAUUGAGGUAAGCAAUAUAUGUAUAUAUAUAUAUAUACAUAAUAAUAAAAUAAAAUUAAUAAAGUUUAUUUGAAAAACACGCUUCAUCCCCAAAACCUCGAAGCGUGUUACAAAAUCAACCAUGUUAAAAGAGAAAUAAAAACAAUAUAAAACUUAACACAUUUAAAAACAUACGCAACAAUAUAAAGCUACAUACGAGCAUACCCAGUCAAAGUCUUUCAUACUGUUUUUACCAUAAGCAACACAAGCCAAUAUACAUUAACUGAAAGAGAUGGUAGAUAGCAUCACCCCAGAAGGUGUUUGCGAAAUAGAUGUGUCUUUAAAUCGGUUUUAAAGGACUCCAGUGUCUGGUUGUUUCUGAGAUCGACUGGAAGUGCGUUCCAAAUUGUUGGGCUGGAAAAUGCAAAAGUGCGCUUUCCGUAAGUCUCAAGUAAAACACACGGUAUCGAUAUUUUGCCACUAUAAGAUUGUGCCAGGUCAUGUAAGCAGCGGUAGCAAAAAUUUGCAAAUUUGUACUCUAUGCGAGCUCGGACCGGCAGCCAAUGUAGCUCCCUUAGAAGUGUUUUAGCAUGGUCGAAUUUGCAUUUGCGAAAAAAAAUGGGAUGAGCAUUAUUCUGUGUUUUUUAAAUUUUAUCCAUGAGGGUAGCUGGGAGACCCAUCAUGACAUCAUUGCAGUAGUCCAUUGCAGUGCAUGAUAACAAAAAUGCAGACAUCAGCCUCUUUGAUGCUUCUAACGUUAAGAAAGGUCUGAUGUGACUAAUCCUGCGCAGUUUUAGGAAAAUUGCCUUGUAAAGCAUGUUAAUAUGAUUUUCCAUAGUAAGUGUUCUGUCCAAAAAGACACCCAGGUCUCGCACUGUAUGAACAAACGCAAUCUGCAUGCCUGAGAGAGUAAGUGAUGUAGUGUGUUUUACAUAUUUUUGUUUCUGAGCAGUGGUAAUGGGGAUCAGAUUAGUCUUUUCAUCAUUUAAUUUGAGCUUGUUUAUGGUCAUCCAGUGCUUAAAUGACUCCACUGUCUUCUGUGUCUUACUAAGAAGUUAAGGGAACUGAGAGGGGAUCACGGAUUGAUGAAGUUGUGUAUCGUCCGCGAACAUGUGAUACAGCAUGUCAAACUGCUUGAUCACUGCACCCAGUGGCUGAACUUAUAUAGUGAAUAGCAUCGGACCGAGCCCUGGGGUACUCCGAAUUCAAUUAUAGAUGGCUGCGGGGUCAAGCCGUUUGAAAUAACUGACUGGACCCGAUUGUUCAUAUACAAGUGAAACCAUCUCAGGACGGUAUCUGUGAGACCGAACGUUUUUUGCAGAUGUUGAAGCAGUAUGACGUGGUCAAGCGUAUAGAAAGCUCCCGAUAAAUCGAGUAAAGACAAAAUGAAUACCUGGUCCUCAUCACAAGACGACAGAAGGUCGUUUAUGACGCGCAACAGGGCUGUCUCAGUAGAGUGAUGAGCCCUGUAUGCAGACUGGAAAGGUUCAAACAAGUCAAAUUGAAUGAGGUGAUCCAGGAGUUGGCGGAGAACGACUUUUUAUAAUAUGUUGGAAAUAAAUGGUAGAUUUGAGAUUGGACGAUAAUUUUCCAUCACAUUUGGGUCAAGAUUUGCUUUCUUUAACAGUGGCGUCGCUAUUGCCUCUUUAAAAGUUGAUGGAACAAUUCCAGUUGUCAAAGACCUAUUUAUGAUACAAGUGAUGAUGGGGACUUUUUCAACCAGACAUUCAUACAACAGCCCUGCUGGAAGAGGGUCGAGUGAGCACGACUUCUUGGGGUAUUAGCAAGGAUUUACCUCACAUUCGAUUCACGGACCUCAACAAAUUCACCCAUAGGAGAGCCGUUGAAGGGUGAGAGUUCGGGAGCAUUAUUGAUGCAACUGUCAAGUUUCGCCCUGAUCUUCUUAACUUUUGUAAUAAAGUAGUCAUUUAGAGUGUCUGGCAGCUCUUCUACGGCAAUGUUAUUUGGCAGAGAUCUAGCCUUGUUUUUACCGUUCAGCUGACCCACAAUGUGAAAUAAGUCAUUGCUUUAGCUGCUGCGUGUAAUCUGAUGAGUAACAUACUCAGUCCUAUCUGCAAGGACCAACCUCUUGGUUCGUUCCCCGUGGUCAACAAAGAUUUGUUGGUGCACAGUCAAACCCGACUUUGGCGUACUGCACGUCGCUGCUUCUGCUUAGCGUCCUUAAUUUCGGGCGUAAGCCAUGGGACGGAAGGGCGGUCAGUAACUCGAGGUGUGGACAGUGGUGCAUGUUUGUCUAAAAUGAAUCGGAGGCCACUGUUGUAGUCUGUAGCAGGGACAUCUUCACAGCACCCAAGGGCUGCAACGUCACAUCUAAAGUCCGCUAUAUCUAUAUGUCGGAGCUCACGAGAUGUUACUGAUUGCAGAAGGCGUCCUGGUUUGUGCAGAAUUUCGGUAUUCAAAACUUUGAAAGGCCGUCAUCUUGUUGCUAGCCGAAAAUGGCUGAUUUCCUUCGUUACUGACAGUCUCGUUUCUGAAGUUAUGUCAAUAUUAUUGCUUUUGAAGAUCAUCAUGUAAAGCCUUUAAACCAAGAAGAAACUGUGAAAUUAUUAUCAUAAUUACAAAAUUCAAUUUCAGGGAAGUCAAAGUUGUCUUGAGCUUGAGACUACGCCUUACAGGAAUGUAUAGAAUCAAGCUCUUGAUUAUAUUGUAGUUUUAUAUGUGUUCUUGUUUAUCCAGGAGCGUAGCUGGGAGACCCACCAUGAGAGCAUUGCAGUAGUCCAUGCGUGAUAACACAAUAUAAUAUAUAUAUAUGUUAUGCACUGCUAUCCGUAAGGAGAAAUUAAUCCAGAACAGUGCAAAACAAGACAAUACGAAAUGAUAAAAACCUGAACGGAGAUACGACACGCAACAAUUCAAAUUACAAUUAAUACGAUUUCUUAAGUAAUUAAUGAAUUGCAAACAAAAAAAAUAUAUAUAUAAUUAAAAUAAUCAACUGAAAGAGAAUGGUGUUUCUUUUGCCGAUACACAGUUAAUACAAUGUGCACAAACAAAGGUAUUACGUUAAAUGUGAAUUCUCACAUAUAAAUUGACACAGCUCUAUUAUCAAUAACACUCACAUGUAGUCUCGUGAAGUAAAAACAAUCUAGUGAUCUCGGCUCUCUGAAUCCCCCUAUAUAUCUAUAGUUUUUUUUGCCGACGCAUCCAUAAACGCCGUACACAUUGUUGUACGUUCUAACGUUCUUUUAGAUUUUCUAUAAGAAUCUGAUAGAUACAAACUAUUCAUUUAAAUAUAGUUGGUAGUAAACAAGUCCAAGAUUAAAGUAAAUAAACCACGCCCCAAACUACGCAGCGUGUACUAGAUUUCAAUAAACCGGGAAUUAUGACGUUAACACGUCGUUUUCAUAACAAUAUAUAUAAAUAUAUAUAAUGUAAAUUUGAUGUAUACUAACAUACAAUUUUGGCUUCUUAUACUGCUAAAGGCAGUUGCCAAAACUUUUACUUGUAUUUGAUGUAAAAUUUUAUUUAAUGUUAAAAAUAAAUUGUUAUAUUUACACAAAUGGUUCGUGUGUAGUUAAUCUAUUUCAAAUCUGAAACGCAGUUUGACACUUUUAUAAUCAUUAAAUCGUAAUUUUACAUAUAUUGUAAUGUUUUUAAAACUUGAUCUCCUGAAGACACAAAAAAUAAUUCAAGACAGCGAUUUUUAAAAACAAGUAUCCCUCUAUAGUAAUCCGAUCUUAUACGUAUGUCAUUUUUUCAUAUUUCUAACUUAAAUUACAAAACUUACAUUUUUUACAUAGUAACAAUCAUCAGCCUUUAUUUAUAUAAAAUAAUAAAUAUUAGGUGACCAGCGGCGUAGCAUACGCUACCGAAUAGCUCAUAGAUGAGUGAAGACUUCGUGAAAGACACAGUUGUCCAAAUGGGGUAUAUACUGUAUCUAUUUUGUAACACUUGGAACCACUAUGUAUUUUUCUCAAAAUAGCCCGACUCGAUGUUAAAAAAAAGUGGAUCCGGUUAAGCCCUAGAUAUAGCCCGCCAAACAUUGACCACAGCAAUGCGUGAAAUCUUCUUCAGAACAACGCAAGUUACGGUGGUUCAAAGAAGAGAGCAAUGAGUCUGGCUCAGAGCUUGCUUGGGUGUUUGCAUGGGUGGCAAAAAAGAGGCAAGGGAAGGGAUUGUCCUAUUUAUAGCCUGCGUGGUGGUGUUUGGCCUACUUCUGGCGAAUUAUAUAUAGAAAUAAAUAUUACAAAUCGUAUGGAAGGCCCCGAUUUUUUACAUUUUAUGAUACGAAUAUAACUUAUAUGCUUAAUAAUGUGUGUACUAAAUACAAAAUAUGGAUGAUAUUUAAUCUGUAUUUUAAUAAAUACGCAUUUGCUUUUAAUUAAAACUUAUUUAUUAUAUUUUGAAAAAGUGUCAAAGAGCUUAUUUUCUAGAGGCAUUUACAUAGAUCCGAAAUUUAAAGAAACCAAAGCAAAACAGUAUUUGAAAGAUAUAAACAAUGAAGAAAGGUAUGUUUUUGUGUUUCAUACAUGUUUUUAAAAAAAAAUAUAUUAAAUAAUAUUAUUAUAAAAUAUUAAAAUAUUUGCAUAAAUUUAAAAAUAAAUUAUUCACUUACAUUUCACUUACACUUUAUAUAUUCCUGUUCUUAGAUAUUUACGCAAACUCAAGGUAAAGCAAAGUGAAGGUAGGCAUUAAAAAAUACAAUUUCUACCAUUCCUUUUAGACAUUGCCAACAUUUAUUUUUACAUUGAAAUUGUUAAUCCUAAAAGAUAACUAGCUAGACUCCAUAACAUUUAAAAUAAUGUCAACAAUAAAAAUAACUAUAAGACAGUAAUUAAUAUGCAAACAUUAGUAACAUUUGUAAUUUCUUAACGAUGCAUUUUAUAAAAUAGAAUGCAAUUCGAAAUUUAUUUAUUUUUUAUAUAUUUUUUUUUGUUGUUCGUCCGUCGAAGUCGACAAGGACCAUCAAAUCAUCCGGUUAGGGGCGGGCGGGGGUGGGGGGGUUGGGAUUACGGUGAGCUCUUAGUUGGCUUGUUAGACCGAUCCUUGCCCGGAAUAAUCUAUGAGACCGUGGGCAUGGAAUAGUUGCUUCAGACGAUGACCUAAUGUUGCUCUUUCGGACAAGCCUGCGUGUCUCAGCUGUGGUUAUUCUCUUAGCUUCAUGGGAUUUAGCCCCCUUCUUGACAGCAGCUCUCAAUCUGUCUCUGUCCUGGGCUGUCUGCACCCAUUGAGUAGGGUUUAUGCUGAAGGCCUUUAGUGCCACUUUCUGUGAGUCUUUGUAACGCUUUCUUUGGCCUCCUUGUCAAUGCACGUGUCGGCAGUGACUACACCUCCUGGGGGGAGUGAUUGGGAAGCAUGGUGUUGGUCAGUGCAACAGCAACGGCCUACUGCUACUGCAGACCUGUGCUGAACAUGACCUUCUAAUAACGAACACCACCUUCAGCCUGCCAACGCGCAACCGGACCUCCUGGAUGCACCCCCGUUCUAAACACUGGCACCUAAUUGAUUAUGUCAUAGUCAGAAAUAGGGACCGCCAGGACGUGAGGGUGACUAAGGCCAUGUGUGGCGCAGAAUGUUGGACGGAUCACCGCCUCAUCGUCUCAAAGAUGAAAAUUCAUAUCCAACCUAAGAGACGACCUCAGGCCACGAAAGUUCCGAAACGCCUCAACAUCAAUAGGCUGAAUAUCCCUGAUGUGAGACAAACUUUUGUUGUCAGCCUAGAUCAACGCCUUGAUACAAUCACACUGGACAACCAGGACGCGGAAAAAGCGUGGACCACGAUUCGUGAGAUGGUUUACAAUACAGCCGCUGAUCGCCUCGGACCCUCUACGAGGAAACACAGGGACUGGUUUGACGAAAACAACACAGCUAUCCAAAUUCUUUUUGAGCAAAAACGCCGAGCGUACAAUGCCCUCCAUGAUGAACCAACGUCAACAGCAAAGACAGCUGCACUUAUGGGAAUCCGAUGCAAGGUCCAAAUACAACUUCGCCAGAUGCAAGAUUCCUGGUUGAAUUCAAAAGCUGAUGAAAUACAGGGCCUUGCAGACAAGAAAGACAUGAAAAACAUCUACCGCGGCCUGAGAGAAAUCUAUGAUGUCUCCACCUCAGGCUCUUCCCCUCUCCUUUGUGCUUAUGUUUCUACGCUCAUUACAGACAAAGAGAAAAUCUUGGAAAGAUGGGCGGAACACUUUGAAAGUGUGCUCAAUACACCUUCCAUCAUUAAUGAUGAGGCCAUUGAAAGACUCCCCCAGGUCCAAACGAACAAUUCACUGGACGCCGUCCCAACUUUUGAUGAGAUACAGACAGCGAUCCGCCAAAUGUCCAAUGGCAAAGUACCUGGCCCCGAUAUGAUUCCUGCCGAAAUCUACAAGGAGGCUGGACCAGCGCUGACGGAUAAGCUAUUGAGCUUAAUCCAAAUUAUCUGGCAGACGGAAACUUUACCACAAGACCUCAAGGAUGCCUCAAUCAUCCACCUGUACAAACACAAAGGUAACCGCCAGACAUGCGACAAUCACCGCGGAAUUUCACUACUGUCCAUUGCAGGCAAGAUCUUGGCCCGAGCCCUUCUGAACCACCUGAAUGCACAUCUGGAGCUAGGUCUCCUACCCGAAAGUCAAUGCGGUUUCCGCAAAAAACGCGGAACCAUCGAUAUGGUGUUUGCUGCUAGACAGCUUUAAGGGAAAUGCCAGGAACAAAAUACAGACCUAUAUACUACAUUUAUUGACUUGAAUAAGGCCUUUGACAGGGUCAAUAGAGCUGGCUUGUGGAAAAUCAUGAAGAAAUACGGAUGCCCAGACAAGUUCACAAACGUCAUCCGUCAGCUGCUUGAUGGUAUAAUGACCCGAGUACAGGACAACGGUCAAUCAUCUUCAGCAUUCCCCGUCACAAACUGUGUAAAACAGGGUUGUGUUCUUGCUCCCACACUCUUCAGUGUUAUGUAUUCCGCAAUGCUGUCUGAUGCGUUCAAAAACUCCACCAUGGGCUUGCCAAUCCGGUUUCGUACUAAUGGAUCAGUAUUUAUCCUUAGGAGGUUUCAAGCUAAAACCAAGGUCAAACAUACCACGAUCAACGAGCUUCUAUUUGCAGACGAUUGUGCCUUAACAUAUAAUAAUAUCUAUAUAUAUAUAUAUAAAUAUAUAAAUAUAUAUAAAUAUAUAAAUAUAUGAGUGUCUGUGUGUGUAUAAUGUGCAUGCAUUAAAAUUUCUCAAGACAAAUAUUUUAAAUAAAAGAAUAAUCGGAUAACAGCAAUAGUAGAGUAUGUCAAAAUGCAUUCGGUUUUUGGAGGGUUUCUGGGGUAUUUCUUAGGGUUCUUGGAGGGGUGAUAAUCAGUUAAUUAUUUUUUAACUUGAUUUUAAUAAAUAAGUUUCCAUUCUGUUGUUUUGUUUCUGUAUUGUUGUAUGACGGUUUUUCAUUUAUUUCUUCAUUUUAUUAUGUGUGAUGCUCAAUUUUAGUGGAUGUCCAUCUGUAUAAUUAGUAUUCUCAUUUUUUAAUUUGAUUUUAAUUAUGUUCGUGUUGUUGUUCAAUGAUUGUACAUGUUUCUUUCUAAUUAUUAUGUGAAUUAUUAUGAGUGGUUCUCAAAGCAUUAUAGUAAAUGUUGAGUAUUUUCUAAUGAGUGGCAUUAAUUAUGUAAUUUUCUAUUGAGUGUUUAUCAAUUUUAAAUUGAGUAGUUUUCAAUUGUGUAAUGCGUGGUUCUCAAAUUAUUGGAGUUUUUUUUUUUUAAUAUUUUAUUUUAAUAUGUAUGGCAUCUUUCCGUCUGCGGGAGACGAUAGAUUAUAUUUAUUGCUUGCAGCUCUUGGUGUGGCUGAUGAGACCAAUCCUCGAAUGGUGGUCUCUGUUACAUUUCCCACACAUGAAUGCUGUGGAUCAGUAUCUACCGGCCUUCCUCAUCACUCUUUUUGCAGCUGUUUCCGUCCUGUUUUGAUCAUCGGCAUGCAAUGAUCCUGCCUUCACGAUGCCCCACCAUAAGGAUCGAUCCUCUGCCAACUCCUCCAAGUUUGAGAUGUCGAUGUUGGCCGACUUCAUGUCUCUUUUGCAUAUGUCUAAGUAUCUCAGACGAGGCCAUCCUAUUGACCCUUUCCCUGUUGCCAGCUCGCUGUAUAAAAAAUCCUUUGGAAUGCGAAUCAGGUUGCAUUCGCUUGACGUGUCCAAGCCAGCGGAUGCGUCUUUGGAUUAACAUGGCUAGGACGCUACACAUGUUUGUUUGGGAAUGACAUCCGUGUUGGGGACUUUGUCUUGCCAUUUAAUGUCAAGGAUGUGGCGCAGGCAUCUGAGGUGGAAGCCAUUGAGCCUUCUUUCGUGUUUAGAGUAUGUGGUCCACGAAUCGCAUCCAUACAGAAGUGUGCUCAGUACGCAGGCCUGGUACACCUGCAGCUUAGUUCUUGCUGUUAGUUUGACGUUUGACCAGACUCUUGUCUUCAGUCUGGCCAUAACUGUUGCGGUCUUACAAAUCCUCCCACUUAUCUCAUCCUCCAUUGAUAGGGUGCUUGAUAUGUUGAAUCCCAGAUAUGUGAAUCUGUCAACAGUAUCCAAGUCGUAGUCGUCGUUGAUGGCGAUAGUGGGGAGGGAGUCAGCGCCCUGUGGCAUAAUGUUAGUUUUCUUUAGGCUAAUUGUCAGGCAAAACUCUUUGCAGGCAGCGGAUAGGCUGGAUACGAGGCUCUGCAGGCCGUCUGCAGGCCGUCUGCUGUGAGAGAUACCAAAGCGGCAUCGUCCGCAAACAAGAACUACAGUAGCAAGACCUUUCUUGUUUUAGUCUUAGUGCUAAGGUGGGCAAUGUUGAAUAUUUUUCCUCAGAUCUAGUGUGGAUAUAUAUCCCCUCGCUGUUGUUCUUAAAGGCAAAUUGGAGUAGGAUGGAGAAAAAGAUUGCAAAUAAAGUACGAGCAAGCAGGCAACCUUGCUUUACUCCACUACCCACUGGAAAAGCUUCUGAGGCGGCACCGUUAUAGCACACUGUGCCCUGCGAGUUUUCGUGGAACUGCUUGAUGAUGUUAAGCAGUCACGUAGGGCAGCCUAUAUUUUUGAGGAUUGGAAACAGGCCGCUUCUGCUGACAAGUUCAAAAGCCUUAGUGAGGUCAACAAACGCAAUGUAUAAUUGCGUAUGCAUAUGUUGCUCCCUGCAUUUCUCCUGCAGCUGGCGGAGAGAGAAGAUCAUGUCUAUAGUUGACCUACUUGUGCGAAAACCACAUUGUGAUUCUGGGAGUACACGCGAUGCUAGGGUCUGUAGUUGUGUUAAUGCAAAUCGGGCAAAAGCCUUUCCAAUGAUGCUGAGGAGGGAGAUUCCCCGAUAUUUAUUGCACUCACUCUUGUCUCCUUUAUUUUUAUUGUAACGAUGUUUGCAUCUUUUAACUCUUGUGGUAGCUGUCCCUGUUCUCAGCACAGCGUAACAAAAUCGUGGAAUCGCCGUAAUAGAACUAAUUUUCCACAUUUUAGAGCUUCUGGUGGGAUACCAUCAUUGCCCGGGGCUUUCCCACUGGCGAGACAAUCGAUGGCUCUACGUAGCUCUUCUAUGGUGGAUAGGGUAUCAAGCUCCUCCAUGACUGGAAAGUCUGGGAUAUAGUCCAGGAAAUAGGUUAAGACCUGGGUUAUCGUUGCGUAUAUUUCCAAGUAGUGCUCUAUUUAGUAGGUUUUUAUAAUUAGGAUUGUAGUAUUUAAAAUAGUUUCUUUUUUAUUGAAAGUCUUUCUUAAAGUAUGUGAAGGUCCUAUUGGUUGUAUUUUAAUAGUUUUUAAAUUAGUAAAAUUAUAGUAUUUUCAUUAGUAUUUCUAAACAUUUUAAGUUGUUCUCAUUAUGUGUGGUUCAUUUUUCUAGCAAGCGUUUCUCAUAGUGUGUGAGCUAUAAAAGAGUUUUCUUCUUCUUAGGAAUAGGACUUUUUAAAAUGAAUAGGCUAUUUAAGUUUAUUGAGGGGUAAUAAAAUAGUUCUUGUUUUAAGUAUAAUCUAUAGACAUUCAAAAUGACACCUACCCCAAGAUUAAACCCCCAACAGCAUGUCAGCACAUUCCAUCCCCACAUGAGCCUGCCCUCUUGGUUAGGAUAAAGUUACUUACUAUCGUAAGAAUUUAGGUCAUUGUGAGGUCAGGAUCAGUAAAAACUUUUAGAGCUGUGCUUCUAAGCACUUAAGUCCUAUCUCUUUGUGUGGUCUAAUGACAAUUUCACAGUGUUUGUCUAAGACCAUUGGAAAACUCAAUAUAUUCUCAAAAUAGACCAGAGAAAAAUUAAAACAAUCGUCAUGACUACUGACCCAUAAACAAAGCUUGUAGACCAGCCCUAUGAAUAAUAACCACUAACACAAGAUAUAGAUAAUCUGACAAACAAUUUCUAUGCCAAGUGGCCCCAGCUUACACAAUGAGAACACUCAAUGAACUUAAAUAAACGUAUGUUAAAAAUAAGUAUUCCAUAAGAAGAAAACACCCUUAUGACUCACACAGUGAUAACACUCUUUAGAAAAUCAACCCUAACACAAUGAAAACCACUUAAAAUAUACAAGAAAUCUAAUUAAAAUACAAUAAAAAUACUAAUUUAAAAACUAUUAAAAUACAGCCAUAAAGACCUCCACUUGCUUUUAGAACCACUCAAAAUAAGAAACGUUUGAUUACCGUUAAAUAAACUUAAAUAAAAUUACCAUGUUAAAAAGAAGUAUUCCAUUACAAGAAAACACCCUUAUGACUCACACACACAAUGAGAAACGAGUGUUAGAAAAUUGACCCCAACUUAAUGAGAACCACUAAAAAUAUCCCAGAAAACAUAUUCAAAUACAAUAAAAAUAUUAUAUUAAAUACGAUGAUAUACAGCCAUAAAGAUCCCCCACAUACUUUGAGAACCACGCAAAAUCAGAAAUAUUUGAUUACCCUCAAUAAACUCAAAUAACCUUAUCAUGUUGAAAAAAAAAGUAUUCCAUAAGAAGAAGAAAACACCCUUAUAGCCCACACACAAUGAGAAACUCUUGCUUGAAAAUCGACCCACACAUAAUGAGAACCACUUAAAAUAUAUAAGAAUACUAAAUAAUAUAAUCAAAUCAUACUCAUUUAUAAACUAUAAAAUACAAUCAACAGGAUCUUCCACAUUAUUUGAGAACCAUUUUCAAUAAACAAGAAAACUAAUGAAAAUACUACAAUACUAAUUUAACAAAAACUAUUAAAAUAAAACCAAAAGAAUCCCCACAUACUUUGAGAACGACGCAUUCAAAAAUUGACAACGUUAAUAGAAAAAUUGAAAACACUCAAUAGACAAUUACAUAAUUAAAACCACUCAUAAGCACUAAUACAACUUUUACCAUCACACGUUGAGAGCCUCUCAUAUUAAUUUACAUAAUAAUUAGAAAGAAACAUGAGAAAUCAUCGCAUAACAACAUGAAAUUAUUUAAAAUCAAUUAGCAUAAUGAGAUAACUAAUUAAAAAAAUGAAAAACUAAUCAUUACAAAAUUGAGAAACACUCAUAAUAAAAUUAUGAAAUCAAUAAAAAUGAAAAACCAUCGUUCAAAAGUACAAAAUAUAAAACACAAAAAGGAACUUAUUUAUUAAAAUCAAAUUUAAAAAUGAUUAAGUGAUUAUCGCCCUUCUAUGACCCUUUAGAAACCCUCUAAGAAGCUCCCCAAAACUGGCUUCAUCCGGACAUAAUCUACUACUAACAUCUGCUGUUAAUUUUUUUUUCCCUAACAUUUAAAUGUCGUCUUUCGUAUUCAAUGAAUAAUCAAAAUGGAUUGCAAGAAACAUGGCUUCCUACUUACGCCAAAAACAUAAUUUUAUUUCGCAUAUCGCAAAAGUUUUUUUAUCCAUCAGAAAUAGUUAAUUUUGUAUAUGUAUUUUGAUUAUCACAUUAUACAUUUAAAUGUAGAAUUGUUACUGCAUUAAACUUUGGAAAUGAUAAUGAUAAUUAUUUGAUUAUCGUUUAAGAAACAUUUUAAAAAACAUAUAAUAAUAUUAUAAAAACAAAAAUAAGCUAAAAAAUAAUUUUAAUUAGAUCUACGUCGCUUUCUAUGCAAUCCAUUAUUUCUAUGACAUGAAGUAUUUUAUCAAUAGUGUAGAGUGAUACAUAUUGAAAUUUAGCAUCUUUGAAUUCUUCGAUGAAGUUUGUCACUUUACUUAAAAGUUUAAACACAAAUAUUAAGACAUUUUAUCCGGAUAUUUUUUCUCUGCUUCACUGAAUUACAUUGUGUAUCCAAUUUUCUUAUUAUAUAUAUUUAAACAGAGUAUAGCGUGGAGUUCAUAAGAAACGUUGUUGAAAAUUUGCAAAGGUAA